GAAAACGCUCAGUUGCUGAAACGCGGCGCAUGUACACGUUGGUCAGGAGGUCUGUACGAACAUACGCACGCCAACUGCGAGUCGCGAUUCCACCCGAUCCUCCAGUCCCUGCCGGCAUGAAGAUCCGCCAGCUGCCGGCGAGCACGACAACGCUCUCGUUCCGGGCGAAACAGCGCGAUGUGGGCGGCAUUGGAAUGCCCUGCGAGCGGGAGCGGAAGCACGAGGCCGCCAAGCGGGAGCGGGAGGAGCAGCUGAAGCGGGAGCGGGCCACGGCGGCUGCGGCAGCGGCGGCACAGCGGGUGCGCCAGCAUAAUCGCAGGAUCAGCGCCGAGCGCGAUCCCGGCAAGCGGAGGAUGCCGCAGUCCAAGGAGCGACUCCAGGCAGCCGGCCUGGGCAGACCCGUGUUGGGCUGCACACCGAAUGUGCCUGGAGUCUCGAGGGGAUCAGCAUUGGCGCUGGGAGUCGGACCACCCGGACCCGCCACCCGCACAGGAAGAGCAUCCAAAAUGCUCGUACCUUCGCCUCAGAAUCGGAUUGAGGAGCAGGAUGACUCCGAUGCCAGGGCCGAGCGGCUGAAGGAACAGCUCGAGGAACUGGCCGCCAUGUCUGAGCAGGAGUUCGAGGUGAAGUUCCGCCAGUGGCUGGACCAGGAGGGGAUUGCCCGGGAGAUGCACUCGCACCUGCGGGUGGAGCUCAUCCACUGCUUCAAUAACACGGCACUCGGCCAGCUCUUGAGCAAGGCUGCUGGCGUGCAGAUGGCCCACUCCCACGCCCUGCUCCUUUCGCCACUGGCAAUGGUGCUGCACACGCUGGUGGCGGAGUUCCUGCACUCCCAGAACUGCCACUUCACACUGUCGGUCUUCUGCAGCGAGACCCCGCAUCGCAGCCAGCUGCCCGACUUCAGGAGUCGGCCGGAGUUUCGAUUCCAGCCGGAGGAGCUGCGUACUGUCGUGGCCGCCAUCCUGGGAGAGGAGGGUGCGUUAGCGGAUCCGGAAUUUGGACAGUUGGCGGAGGCCCACUACGAGGAGGAUCUGGCUGGGCAGACGCAGUGCUUGCUGAUGGCUGUAAUGCGAACGCUGGUGGAGAUCAGGAGGACUGUGCCCGCGCAGGAGGUGGAACAUCCGGUCCCUGUGCCUCUGCACGACACUGCCUGUCAAACGGAGCCCUCCGCCUGCGUGGAAGCUCGUCCCGAGGUGGACACCACUUGUCUGUAUCAGGCGGAGGAGCACGAGCUGAUUCUGGGCGCCGAUGGCCGGAGUGUCUUUGUGGGCGGUCGUGUCUCGCAAUCUCUGCAUUCCGUGGAGCGGCAGCUGAGUCAGUUGAUGAAGAAUCUCCGCCACUUGGCCAAGUCCUGUGCCCCGCCCGUCGAGGUGAUAUCCUCGUCUAAAUUCGAGGAUCUGCUGAAGAAGGAGCUGCGCGAAAGGGAGCGACUCCUGAAAGCUGGCCAAGCCUUCAAUCCCGCCGACGCGGUCAUCAAAAUAGCCACCGGGGACAAGGGAGAGAAGCCGGUGGUCACCAGUGGCCGGAAUAAGAACAAUGUGGUUUACUCCGACGUGGGACCCAUUCAAGUGCCAGCCCUGGAUGUGGCCAUUCCUCAGCUGCCCCGUCUGCACAGCGAACAACUGGCCAGUCUGGCCAUGAUCCGCCAGGCCCUCGAAAAGGUCCAGAAAAAGACGCGUCAGCCGCAGGGCCGCAUGUACGUGUCCAUGGAGCGAAUGGAGACCCUGAUGGGGGAUGUGUGCGGCUGUGUGCAGCUGCUCGGCAACGUGCUCAAUCUCUCCAUGGAGCAAGAGCACUCUGUGGGCAUGCACAAGGGCUUCAAGUUGGGCUACCGCGAGGGCUUUGCCCACGGUCACUUCAUGGGCGUGCAGGAGGGUCAGAAGCUGGAGCAGAAGAAGCGGCGAAUGGAAAGGCCGCCGCCCGAGAAGCGGGAAACCUCCGUCCAAACGGAGAGCAUGACACCCACCGCAAGCAGGGCAACCCAAACAUCGAGGAAGCUGGCUCACAGGGAAUCUGUCAUCACCCAAACGGAGCAGAAGCAAUGGAAGGAUGCGGGGAAUCAGGCUACGCUCGACCGGAAACCCUCACAGAAGUCCUACGAGCAGUGGAUCCACGAGAUGCUGCACAGCUCCAGCGGUCAGGUGUUCCUCGAACGGGUGGAGCUCUCCCUCAACAAGGCACUGGAGCUGCAAAAGGAGCGGCUCAACGAACUCUACCAGGUGAAGUUGCGACACCAGGCGGAGAUGGUGCGUCUAAGCACGCGGCAAAAUUCCUGGCGGGUACUUUGCAAGCGUGUGGAGCGGGACUCGCAAUCGUCGUCGGAGGCACGCGACCUGGUGCAGAAGAUCUUCCGACUGCUGGAGCACUACGAGUCUCACCACCACCAGCUGGCGGAGAAGAUCCAGCAGACGGAGUUGGCAGCGGACCAGGCGGCUCGCAUUAUGCCCAUGUGGGCGGACGAAGGUGGCGGGGGCUCCGCACCUGGCAACUGGAACGCGGUGAUACUCAACACGCCCAUUUCCAAUGGGGUCUGCACUCCGAGUCCGGCUCAGCCUGCCACGGAUGUAGGUAAGCCCCAUGUGGAGCAGCACACAUAUCCCGGCCUGGCAUUGUUGGCACUGGCUCCGCCAGGUGGAGUUCCAGUUGCAGGCGCCUUCGUGCCCGUUACUCCCCGACUUUCUGCUCACCUCCUAGCAGAUGCUGAGCCCCCUGCUCCUCUGGUCCCAGUUGUGCGGCUCUGCAGUGAUCCUGCGAAGAAGGCGAAACGACCUGUUCCUCCGAGUAGCGUUCCAGCAGCAACCGACAGUGUUCAUCCUACAGCCAGCGAGACCAAUGCUUCCGCAUUCCGAAGUGGCGCCGUAUCUGGAGAUCUGCGUCCAGCUGACAGUAGAAUCCAAGAUCCUGCUACUCCAAGACAGCCGUUUUCUGCUCCUUUAUCUGUGCCUGCUCCUCAAGAUCCUUCACCACCUGAGCCCAGUGUGCUGCCCUCCACUGCAGCACAGCAACCUGCGUCAUCUGAUGAAGCGGUUCCUCCACCAGGACCUUCCCAGUCUUCUAUUCCUCGGAAGCCGUCUAUGCACUCGGUGGCCACCAACACCACAACUCCACUGCCUCCAAAAGUGGCUCCUCUCAAGCCGUUAAAUAGAAAAUUCCCAGAAGGACCGAGCUUCGAGGAGGCUCUGCUAAGUGCCAAGAGCCGCAUGCUGCAGCUGGAACAGGAGAGCGAUCUGCUGGAACAGAGUUUCCUCAGCUACAUGGAGAAGACCAACUCGAAGACAGCCGCCCAUAGGUCCACGGAGGAUGCCUCCAAGACCCGGAGGAUCCGCUCCAGGUGCCUGCGGGAACGAGAGCAGAUGCAUCGCACUAUGGACGGUUUCCGGGAUUGGCAUCGACGUGUUCGCAAGGAGGACGCAGCCAGUGUGGAUCAACUGGAGCAGCUGCAGAGCCAGCGAGUUCUACCCGGCGCCAUCUUGGACUCCAAGGCGUCCUCGCCGCUGUGGCUAUCGGAACUGGACGAGGGACACGAACAGGACAGCUAUCCCUUUACGAAUGCCAUCACCGAAGCCAGGAACAAAGUGCUGGACAAGAUAAUGCCAGUCGGCAGGGCGGAGGAGCAGAAGGAGAAGCGUGCCGUUCAGAAGAAUUGGCUAGCCAAUCUAGCCGAUCUGCCAUUGCAGACUCCUGAAGCUGAGAAUCCGAUCAAGCCGCCGAAGCUGGAUCGCCUACAAGUCAGUAUGGCGCCCGAUGGCGGUGAGAUGAACUUGCUCCUCCAACGGGCCAAAGACGCCCUCGGCCUGAGAGCACCAAAUCCGCUGCUGGACAGCAGCAGCAGCAGCAGUUCCAGCAUGGAGCUGCCCUCCUUGACGGCCGGCAGAGCGCCCAGUACCAAGUUCCAACAGUCCAUGGCCAGGAUGCAGUUGCUCUUUGGCGGCGCAGAGGCAAUGCGACCAGCCGCGGCUUCAGUCGCGCUCGAAAUAUCAGGAAGACCUGUAAGCGCACCCACCGCAGCAUCGGGAUCGGGAUUGGGAUUGGGUGAGCACUUGGUGCUGCCGAAACGCCCCCACACGGCGCCCACUCUGCACACAAUCAGCGAAACGGAACCAGGCGCUCAUCCUUUGGAUUCCUACACAUCCAGCUCCUCGCAAAGCACUUUGCCCGGAAGAUCGCCGGGCGAAGCUUUCCAGGAUUUGGUCACGAGCGCCGUGGCAGAUGGAGGCCGGCGGCGAACGCGGGAGUCUGGUGCGGAGGUUUCCUACAGCCAGGCGUUCUGGAAACGCAUAAACCUGUAAAGCAAUCCGGCAGAGAACCUCCAAGACUCCAAGAUUUAUGUUUGUGGUUGUGCAUCCCAUGUUCAACAUUAAAUUGUAUCAUUAGAACCAAUGUCAAUAGUUUAAGCCUUUUUUUUAUCAUAACGACAGCAAUCAA